UAAGAAGGCGCUAGUGUAAUAUUAUUCAAAGUAGGCUUCAUAAAGGAAUAACUAAUAUUUGACGGAGGGUGGUCUGAAGCCUCCAUUAAUGCGCUUCACUGCAGCUCGCGCAGAACCACUGGAGGCAGUCAAGCAUCACACCUCGAGCUCAACAGGAGGAGAGGAGGACAGCAGCAAAGUCUGCACACACACAUACAGACCGCUCCAAGUCCGCGCUUACUUCAACAAGGAUUUCUCAGCGUCCAUGGAUACUCCCACUUUUGCAUGUCAUUUCCACGGAAGCUUCAAACAUGAAUCGCGCAUAGACUUGAAAUCGCUUCUCACGCGCGCAGACAAGGGCAGAUAAAAGAGACGUGCGUACUGUCCAAACUAACUGCAAAGACGCAUGAUGGAUAAAGAGAUCAGAGGGAAAGCGACCCUACGCAAGCACAGUGCUUCUCACUGGCGAAUGCAGAAGAUCGCCCAGGAAUCUGUUGACAGCUCAGAUGAUGAGUUUUUUGAUGCCCGAGAGGUGCUGGAGGGGAAGACGGCCAUGCUUUUGGGCAUGAGUCAGUGGAACUCUAAUGAUCUUGUUGAACAGAUAGAAACCCUGGGCCACAUCGACCAGUCGCAGGAGAGUCUUUACCAUGUAAGGAGGCAAAAAUGUGUCCCUCAGACUAGCAUCGAUGGUCUAGAGGAAGCUGAGAACAAAUGUCAAACACAUGUGCUGGUGUUGGUGGUUCAUGGGGGAAACAUACUGGACCUAGGGGGCGGAGAGGCAGGCACGAAGACCGCAGAUGUAAACACCCUGUCCUCAGUGCUGGAGAAAGUAUCUCAAGAUCAUCUCCAAGCUGCAGCUCAGCAUGUCGUCAUCAAGUUGGUGCCGUGCCCAGCCGUAUGCGCAGAGGCCUUCUGCCUUGUAUCAAAUCUGAACCCUUACAGCUACGACGAGAGUUGCGUAUCCAGCAGCGUAGACCAUUUACCUCUGGCCGCUUUACCACUGCUCGCUAUUGCUGCUCCACACUACCAAGACGCUGUUGCAACUGUGAUCGCCCGGGCCAACCAGGUGUACCACAGCUUUCUGCAGUCUCCAGAGGGACAGGGAUUCACAGGCCAGGUGUGUUUGUUGGGUGACUGUGUGGGAGGUGUGCUGUGCUUCGACGCUCUCUGUUUCAGCAACAGCCCACGACACAGCAGCCCCAUCCACACCAGCCAGCGUAACAGUACAGAGAGCUUAAAGGAUAACCCUGAGGUCAGUCCGAGUCUGAGCUCCAGCAAACGUCUUAGCAGGAGCAACAUUGACUUAUCUGCCCCCAGUGAGACCCGCAACAGGAAAACUCCCCUCAGCCGCAAACAGAGCGACUCGUUUGAUGGAGACUCCUCUGGCAGCCAGCACCACCCGUUCCUCAGUCUGAUACAGGAUGGAACAGACCUGAGACCAAGCAGCAGCACCAGUCUAGUGUUGAAUCCAGGUCGCUUUGACUUUGAGGUGUCGGAUUGUUUUCUGCUGGGUUGUCCUCUUGGAUUGGUGCUAGCCAUGAGACGCACUGUGCUUCCAGCUGUCCAGGUGUCUCAGCUCCGGCCUGCAUGUUCACAGAUCUUCAACCUGUUUUACCCUUCUGACCCGUCGGCCUCUAGACUGGAGCCGUUGCUGCACUCUCAAUUCCACAAACUGCCUCCUUUCCCUGUGCCCCGCUACCAGCGUUAUCCUCUGGGAGACGGCCGUUCCACUCUUAUCGUUGAUGAAAUCCACAGCUACUCUGAUGUGUUCCUGCCUGGCAGCACGGUUCCGGCGGGCGCUCCGCACUCCUCCUCUCCCCAGACAGAGCACAGUGCAGGUGGGCGGGUGGGCGUUGAGGUCCGCAGGUCCAGUUUGACCAGCAUGGACAGCCAGUUUUCGGGCUGCUGGGAGAGCAAGCUGAGCAGCACCAUCACCAACAUUUCCAGUAGCUGGUGGGGGUCUAAACGGUUGGAUUACACUCUGUACUGUCCAGACGUUCUGACAUCAUUUCCCACCGUGGCUCUUCCUCAUCUGUUUCACGCUUCUUACUGGGAAUCCACCGAUGUGGUCGCCUUCCUUCUACGACAGGUGAUGCACUGUGACUAUGUGAAAGCCCAAGAGAUGGACAACUCUGACUCUGCCCCCUUCUCACCUUCAAGUCCAAGGGAGAAGUGGCUACGUAGACGCACACAUGUCAAGCUUAGGAAUGUGACCGCCAACCACAGAGUCAAUGAUGUUAUCGCAACCGAGGACGGGCAUCAGACCCUGGUGGGUCGUUUCAUGUACGGUCCGCUGGAUAUGGUGACCCUGACUGGGGAAAAGGUCGAUGUGUACGUGAUGACCCAGCCACAGUCAGGUCGCUGGGAGCACUUCGACACCGAGGUGGCCAACAGCAGCGGCAGAGUGACCUACACCAUCCCCAAAAGCAAAAAAAUGGCCGUGGGGGUCUACCCCAUCAAAAUGGUUGUCAAGGGUGACCAGACAAGCGCAGAGGCCUUCCUGACGGUCUUGCCUCGGGGGAUGGAGUGUGUCGUCUUUAGCAUUGAUGGUUCAUUUGCCGCUAGCGUCUCAAUUAUGGGCAGUGACCCUAAAGUACGGCCCGGAGCUGUGGAUGUAGUCAGACACUGGCAGGACUUGGGAUACCUGAUCAUUUACAUCACUGGCCGUCCAGACAUGCAGAAACAGAGGGUUGUGUCCUGGCUGUCUCAACACAACUUCCCCCAGGGGAUGAUCUUUUUCUCUGAGGGGUUGGUGCACGACCCUCUUCGCCAGAAAACCAUCUUCCUCAGGAACUUGGUGCAAGAGUGUCACAUUAAAAUCAACUGUGCCUAUGGCUCCAUGAAGGACAUUUCCGUCUACAGCAUGCUGGGCCUCAACCCCAACCAGAUAUAUAUAGUGGGUCGGCCCUCCAAGAAGUACCAGAAUCAGUGCCAGUUCCUGAGUGAGGGCUAUGCAGUACAUCUCUCCUCCCUGCAGUUCAGUCACAGAGCCCGGCCCAAGAAGAGCUCUGUGCGGAUGGUUCUUCGAAAGGGCUCAUUUGGUCUGUCAGCCAAAACAGACUUCCUGUGUAAGCGGACACACCUUCGCCGCACCAUGUCGGUGCAACAGCCUGACCCACCCAUGACACCCAACCCUAAACCAGAGCGAGCUCAGAGCCAGCCCGAGUCCGACAAGGACCACGGGGGUGGAGGGGGUCCAGGACAUGCCAUGUGGGCACGGGGGUCCAUGCACCGUGGCGACACCACUCCCUGACCCAAGAGAAACAUAGGAGGGAUGGAAAAAGGACAGAUGGGAAUGAUCUCUCGGUGGACAAAGCCCAGCAUCUUUACUCCUUCCGCUGACAUCACAGCAUAAAUUAAGACAAAUCCCACCUGAGCUGAUAAAAACUCCUUAGUGAAGAGCCCUCCGCAAGGAUUUGACACAAUGAUGCACAAACUCUUGAUGCUUUGUUUCGGCAACAGGAGCAGAGGAGAUUUCAGUUUCUAAAUUCAAUUUCAUCCAUGCUUCAUCCGUCCGUGAUGAUUUGAAGAUGUACGUCGGGUUCUUCUGGAUUUUUUUAACAUCGUACGAAGGAUUCCUUGCAUCACCCAUAAGGAACAAAGAGGAUAUCUGAUAAGAUCCUCAGAGAAAACAUCAAAUUUUCUUUCGCCUAAGCAAUAUGGAGGAAGAGGGAGGGUGAGUAUCCCACUGCUCGGACAGGUGGCUGUGCUGACGCCUACCGUAAUCCCUCUGUUUUAAUAUUGCAGGCAUUUGUCUGCUCUCUGAGCGUCUGUCUAUGGCCCACUUGUGCCCAGAUGGACUUGCAAACUGUACAUUAACCUUUUGUGCCGGUGUGGCGACCUGGCCUGAACUCUUGCCGCCCCUGUCUCUGUUCAGCCGCUCAGCCAGAACAGAGUCUGACAGCGAUGGCCACCGCUCCUAAACUCCGCCCACUCCUCCGCUGGGUCACGCCACAACUCGCAGCACUCUGCUACUCUGCAGAAGCAUAUUUACAACUAUCGUUGGUUCUUCUUGUGCCUGUCUCUCACUUGUGUUGUAAAAUAUGCAGCAAGUGGCACUGAGGCAAACUGAUAAUGUAUAAUGUAUUGCGUGUGGCGUGUGACUGCAGCAGUCCUCGCACUGCAAUAAAGCAUUUUCUUAAUUAGUGUUUUGGUCUCUUUUCCAGUGCAAAUAUUUAAACCUCUUUAAAACAAGAUAAAUGUACUUGUAUAUCUUGGGAUUAAAUAAAUAAAUGGUUUUCAGACAAUACUAAGCUGCACAACUGUUUUAACAUUAAUAAAAAGAAGAAA